AUAGAAUUCCAGGGAAAUCAGCCACACACUCACACUCAAUCUUACACACUCCCUCCUACUCUUAACUUCGGCAACAGAUUACCCAUCUGUCCCCUUCAGCACAAGGAAGGACAUCUCUAGUUCUGUCAGAGCGGCCAUCAUCAUGUCCCUAGGGUCUCUGGCAUUUGUGGCCCUGGGUGAGGAGGAAGAACAAGAGGAGGAGACACUGGACAGCUUGAAGGCUCUCACUGCCAAACUGAAGCUACAGACCAGAAGGCCCUCAUACCUCGAGUGGACAGCCCGGGUCCAAAGCCAAGCCUGGCACCGAGGUCAUGCCAGAGCUGAACUGGAGGAACCAGGUCCUAGGGCCAUCUGUGGUUUUCACACUCUGGAUGAUGCCUUGCAGUGGCUCAGAGAGGAGCUGAGGCAGAUGCGGGCCCAGGACCGGGAGCUGGCCGGGCAGCUACUGCGCCUCCGGUCCCGCAUGCACCAGCUCAAGGUGGAACAGAUCUGCAGGCAACACCAGGAACUGUUAGAUGAUGCCGAGCUGGAGGCCGAGGCUGAGGGCCUGGGCUUUGGCGAGGCUGGCCAGCUGCUGAGCCCGGGCUCCCUCCGGCCCACUCGCCUCCUCGCUCCCCCGCUCAGGGACAUCGGCCUCACGCGGAUGAACAUCAGUGCUCGUCGGUUCACGCUCUGUUGAGCAGCCGGGCCCUGCUGCAGAGAGCUGGGCGUCCUCAGCUCUCUUUCAGGACUGUCCGACCCAGACCCCACCCCCAGUCACCCUGGGCCGGAGAAGGGUCCCAGUUCACAGACUCGUGGGAGGGAGAGAGCCCUGCAGCUUUUCCAGGGCCGAUUCGUCCCAGUUCCCCACACGAGGGCCCUUUGGGCAUGUUCACCCUUUCCCAAACUCUCCAAUAAAUGCUAUCCCUGCCUGCAAACUGGCUUCCUGCUGUGGGUUCCUGGUGCUCCUCAGCUACCUAGUCCCUGGGGGAUGGAUAGAGGUCACCAGGUGUGCAUGUUUUCAAGGGAGGAAAACCUGUUUCUGGCUCAAGCCCCCAGCUUUUAGCUCUAUGUCUGUUCUCUCUCUUGUCAUCCGGUUUUGGCGUUCUGGCUCUCUGCUUUGUGUCUGUUUCUCUGUCUCAGUCUCUCAGGGUAUUUCUGUCCCUUUAACUGUCUCCUCUGUCUCUCUAUCUCUGGCUUUCUGUUUCUCUCCCUCUCCCUCUCCUUCUCCUUCUGCCUCCCACUAUCUGUCUCUGUCUUCUCCUCCCUCUCCCUCCCUUCCUCCCUCUGUCUGUCUGUCUGCCUGUUUCUCUCCUUCUCCAUCUCUCUCUCUCUCACUCUCUCCUCCUUCUCCCCCUUCCUCCCUCUCUCCCAAUCUGUCUCCUCUUUUUCUCCCUUCCUCUGUCUGUCUCUGUCUCUGUCCUCCCUCUCUCUGAUGGUGUUGUCCUCCCUUUCUCCCUCUUCCUCCCUGUCUCUAUCUGUCUCCCUCCCUCCCUCCCUCCCUUCCUCUGUCUCUCUGACUUUGUCCCUGUCUCUCUCCUUCUCCCUCUCUCUCUGUGGCUCUCUUCCUCUCCCCUACAUUUCUCCUUCUCU